UUGGCGCGAUGACCACUAGGAGAAGAGAGUUCAUAGAGCAGACGACGUCCUGAGACAGUACUUUAUCGAGAACGCACUUUGUUAGAAGCAGAAACCCGACAAUGUACAACUAGAAUUGAACUUCAAAUAAUUGAAGUCCCCAUCUUCACGGGAACUUGGAAAGAACAAUUUGAGCCGGAGAACAAAAGUGGAAGAAUCUUUGUUGUCGUGAUUUUCAUGUCACGACUGCGAGCAGGAAUCUACUUUUUAAAUAACUUACUAAAAAGUGAUGCCGUGGAAGCAUUGUAGCGGACGUGUAGGGGCGAGAUCCCGGCGAAGCCCAGGGGUGUGUUUCAUGAUGAAGGGUAUACACCUUACAUGGAUUGUACUUCUGAUGCAGAUUGUGCUAGCUUCAUGUCAAGUCUCCUACUCGGGAGCAUAUCCAAGAAGUCGCACCAGGACUGGAAAUUGGUGUGAAUUUAAGAGAACGAAACAAAUCACAUGUAAUGUUCGCAAUGGCACAGAAAUGUAUAUACAACGCACAGUAGCACCAUGGUGUAACUAUCAGCUUCGUACUCUAUACGGUCAAUUACAGCAUAAAGAUUGUACCAAAUCAGCUUAUCGGGUAAUGUUUCGACCAAAAUAUACGAUAGGAUACAGAACAGUAGAAACUACAGAAAGACGGUGUUGUCCGGGUUUUAGUGGCACAAAUUGUAAUGAUGCGUGUAUGAAUUGUUCGACGUUAAAUGAAUUACAACAAAAAGUAGACGAAUUGCUUAGCCGCUCACGAGGCACCUCUAUUAGACCUGUGAACAAUGACGUUAACCUGGUGAACCCGGGGUAUAAUAGUGCUGGUGAUCGCGGAACGACCACACUAAGAGGGCCUCAAGGCCCACAGGGGCCCGGUGGACCCACUGGCUCAGUAGGGUCUCCUGGAGCUGUGGGUGCUAGUGGACCACCGGGACCAGUAGGACCAAAAGGAGAUCCUGGUUCUAGAGGGCCUGCUGGACCAUCAGGACCUGCCGGGCCACAGGGACCACCGGGAAUUCAAGGUCUUCCUGGGAAGUCCGCACCAGGAAUCGUUGGUCCACCGGGUCCACCUGGUUCCCCUGGUUCAGUUGAAGCACUAGGAAUGGUUGUUACGGCUGCAGAGUUAGAAGGACUCCUUCUAGAAAUGGCUAAACUCAAGGAUCGUGUGGACAUGCUCGAUGAAUUCAUCAAGUUUGGACAGGGUGGAGCCGAAUCAAUGAGCGAUCAGUUCUUCCCUAUGUCAGUCGGUAGUAGUGUAGACAUCGAAACACCCAGAACACCCGGUUACUCCAUACCAAACCAAGGUACAAACGGGUUCCCGGGUACCGUGGACGUCGGACCACCGCAGGGUAAUACUCUGAUAGGAGAAGAAGUAGCAUCGGGUGCUGGACCAACCGACUCGGCGGCUCUACUCCAAACCGAAUCCGAUCCCAUCCCGUCGGUCUUACUCCGCGGGGAUGGUCUUCUUCCUCCUGACGUCAUCACCAGGGGGGAUACCCCUCUCAAUGUGCCCUUUGACAGGGAUGUAGAAGCUGCUUUGCAUGAAGCACCACAGACACAAAUCGAAUCAUCCUCCAUUCACGUCACAUCGACAAAACAGAAAAGUAGCAGCAGCAGCUUAGUCUAAUGAACAUCUGUACUUUCAUCAAUAAACUUUUAUAAACAAAAUUGAAAGACUUUCAUGAACUAUGGCCAUCAGUUCUUCUUCUUUUUUUCUUCAAAUUAUUAUUGUUUAAAUAUUUUUCAUAUUUGGUUUUGACUCGUUUUGGAAUAAACAACAAAAACAACACCGGCACAUGGACCUCGGUUCAACGAUGAUUUUCACCAUGCGGUCAUAAAGAAAUCAGUGUAAUUUAUGAUCUUACAUCUUAUACACAGAGAUCUUUUAAUGGAUAAUGACUUGCCCUCCUACCCCUCCAUGUAAAAUAUAGGCUUUGCUUUUGUAGCUUAGUAUGUUGAAUACAGUCUUCCAUUUUUACUUUCUUUACAAACUGGUGCUAUUAAAUUUCUGUCUAUUACGGCAUUGUUGUUUAAUAUCAGUAACUUUGAUUCACGUUGAUGUAAAUUUUGAUCUAUGGAGUCCUUAUAAUUCAUUUUUUAAUUAUGCUACGAGUUUCCUAUAGUUGUAAUGUUGAUAUUGAAUAUUAAUUCGUCUGUAUUGAUUAUAUUAUUACUUUUUGUUCUAGUGGACUAGUUUAAUCAUAAUGUGCUGCAUUAUUUGCUCUUUAAUAAUGUCAGAGUAUUCACUUGUGUUGCUCUCAUAAACGUCUAGUUUGAUCAAAAGCAAUUAUUAUGUAGUUAAAGUUGAUCGGAAAAUGAGAAAAGCCAUAGUUGUGUUGAUAUAGUACCGGUUUUAAUAGUCUAUCAUUUCGGGGUGCUGUUGUUAUUUGAGGGAAAGGUGGAGUUAGUAGGAUGAAUGAGGAUUGGAGAGAAAGAUACUAGGAUAUACAGACGUACUUUUGUUUAUUGUAAAUACACUGACGUAAGUAAUUUUUAGAACAAACUAUGUAUAGUAUAGAUUGGUUUGAUUUAAUAGGUGAUAGGUCGAAUGUCUUUUAUUUUUAUUUCAAUCAAUGUGAUGUAAAUUUGUAAAUGGUUCUUAUAACUAUCGAUACUACUCUCAUGUUUCUUAUUUAUUUCGAUCAUUCACCUACAGGUACACGUGUAUGGGAGGUGUUCUUCUCAUUCCAACACAGAUCGCAACAUUAAAUUCAGAAUAGGCUUGUAAUAAAACUAGGACAACGGAAAUGGACGGACAGAUAAAAUAAUCAUUUAUCAUGUGAACACUCUUCAUGUUACGUCGUAAUUAUUUUCUCGAUUUUGUAAUCCUGUAAACUCUACUCGUUUACAAAUGUAUUCAGAUAUAGAGCCUUGAAAUACUUCAUUCAUAUGAUAAUGUCUUGGAAUACCGAUUGUUUCGAGGCUUGCAACCGAGGGAAUAAAACUACAGUAUGUCGAAGGGAGAAAUGCAUUGAGAUGUACUAGAAAGAAAGUGAUUAAUUUGGUUUCAGCUCAAAAUCUGAUGAGAUAGUUAAAUACAAUUGUCCAUGGCGACGUAUAUUUGAGAUGAUUUGUGUUGCCUUUAUAAUGUUGCAGCCUGGCGUGCCUUUUGUGAUGGUGUAUUUGAAUUAAUAAAUGUCAAGCCUAGGUUUGGACUUAUUGGAA